UCAUGCUGCUGCCAGGUCCAGAGUGUCUCAUGGGUCCCUGUACGGCCUCCCAUUGCUGCUGUCUCCAUCGCCACACUCUGCCAUGUGCCACUUUCAGGUCUCCUCACACACUGCUGGGUUCCAUUUUUGUCAUAGGGUGCUGGCAGAUUACGGGCCUCCCAUUGCUGCUGCCAGGCCUUAAUCUGCCAUGGGCCCCUGUACCUAACCCGCCUCCUCAUGCUGCUGCCAGGUCCACAGUGUCUCAUGGGUCCCUGUACCGCCUCCCAUUGCUGCUGUCUCCAUCGCCACACUCUGCCAUGUGCCACUUUCAGGUCUCCUCACACUGCUGGUGUGUGUUCCAUUUUUUG